AGGCGGCGCCGGCAAGGAAAAGAAGUUAGAGAUGACUCCAAAUAUACUGGACGAAAGAGACCCGGGAGAUUCUAAUUCUCUCGUAUAAUAGAAAUUCAAGUACAGAUGUGUGAACGUGCUAUAGAACUUCUUGUGCUACCUGAAGAUCAGAGCUGCUUGCUUUUGGAUAUCGGUUGUGGGUCAGGGCUCAGUGGCAGUGUAUUGGAAGAUCAGGGACACAUAUGGAUAGGUGUGGACAUCUCUUCAGCUAUGCUUGACGUAGCUGUUGAAAGAGAAUUAGAUGGUGACUUAAUUUUGGGAGAUAUAGGUCAAGGAUUGCCAUUUAAAGCUGGUACGUUUGAUGGGGCUGUCAGUAUUUCUGCGCUUCAGUGGUUGUGCUAUGCAAGCAAAACUUCGCACAAUCCUACAAAACGUUUAUAUCGUUUCUUCUCAACGUUGUAUGCAUGCCUGUCAAGAAGCGCAAGAGCAGUGUUACAAUUCUAUCCAGAGAACGGUGAACAGGUUGAAUUAAUCACAGCACAAGCCACAAAAGCUGGCUUUUAUGGCGGUGUGGUUGUCGAUUUUUCGAAUAGCGCAAAAGAAAAGAAAAUGUUCUUAGUUUUAAUGACCGGAGGAGCUGCUCCGCUUCCAAAAGCACUAGGCGUAGAGAACGAAGAUAGACAAACCGUCGCUAAUUCAAGAAGGUUUGAACCUCUCGUUGUCCGUUAUUUUAUUAUUUUGUAUUUGCAAUUAUUUUAAAUAUUUCUCUAACUAUAAUGU